AUGACUAACAUCGCUACGCCACGCCGACUUGACGCCAGUGUGUUCGUCGCUAAGAAUUUCGCCGAGGCGAUAUACUUGACGGAUACCUCGUAUAACGUUACGAAGCAAUGCGUUGAUGACGUCAUACAAGUCUCCGAAGAUAUGAUAGCGGGGAAGGACUACGCAAUACAGAUGUUCGACGCAGCAGGGAAGAUACCGCCAGGUGUCUUAGAGGGCAACUACCAAUGGAUCGGCUCCUCUGACGAAUGUCGUGACGUCAACGAUAUUAUGAUGAAUGGCACAACUAUUAAUGGCGAAUACUGUUUGUUAUUUCUUCCACUCGCUGGAGGUGCAUCGACAUUGCAGUAUGGUCUGUGUUUACCUGACUCGUGUGAAGAUAACGAUGUACUGGAACUCGUCAACCGAGGGCUGGUCACAUUAGCAAUACCUGGUCUACAGGUCAUUGACGUACACUGUACUCAAGAUUACGAGUUGACGACGGGAGCUAUUAUCACAAUUGUUAUCUCGACUUUGUUGUGUUUGUUCAUCGUGGUUGGGACGUCUUUGGAUUUUUAUAUUUAUUAUAAGUACAAGAAAAAAGAAGAGAUACAGAAAGAUGAAUUCCACGUUGGAAAUGGCGCUGUAACGACUGGACUACACGGACUUGACGAGACUUCGCCUUUAAUUAAAUCUCCCAGUUAUUCACCGGAUAACUUGCUUGAAAUGUUAAACUAUCUGCGCACGUUUUCUUUUCAAGCCAUAUUAAAUGGGACGGUUUCCGUGGAUACGUUCUUCCUACUUAGUGGCCUGCUUGUCACGUACCUAACUUUGAAAGAACUUGAAAGCGGACGUCAAAUCAAUUGGAUUAUCUUCUACGUACACAGAUACUGGAGGAAGUGGUACUUCGGGAUGACGGCGAUAGUGACGUUUUUGUGUGGUUGUUUCGCUGCAACGGCCGCUUUGACUGUAGAAUACGGCAUUCCAGUCAAUAUGUUACAAUCUCCGUAUAAGAACGUUACAGAUCCCACAGCCGGAUUCGCACAAACUUACACCAAACCUUACACACGUAUUGCCCCAUACCUAGUAGGAAUGGUCGUAGGCUAUUUGUUGGUGAAAACCAAAGGAAAAAUUAAAAUACCAACAGUUGUAAACUUGAUUUGCUGGGUGGCUGCAUGGGCCGUAGCUAUAGCUGUUGUAUAUGGUUUACAUGGUACAUAUAACGGCAAAACACUAUCCUUACCUGUUAAUGUAUUCUAUGCGACGGUUUUCCGAUUUGCAUGGGCUGUGGCUGUAGGAUGGCUCAUAUUUGCUUGCAUCACGGGUCAUGGCGGUCCAAUCAAUGCAUUUCUAUCAUGGAAAGCGUGGAUCCCUCUUAGUAGACUGACGUAUUCAACGUAUCUUAUACAUCUCAUAGUGCAAUAUACAUAUCUCUACGCCGGUGACAGGCUUGUGCAUAUAUCUCAUUUGAAUAUGACAUACUCUUUCAUCGCUUCCAUGGCGCUGUCCUAUUCUCUGGCAUUUGUGUUUUCAAUAAUGGCGGAGGCACCUAUGAUGAGGCUGGAGAAAAUCGUACUGAAUAAAAUAAAACGAGAAUAA